GCACGAUGACACCUCCAAACGGUGCUUUGCACGUCCUAUGUCUGCUCUUGGCAAAUCUCAUACGACAUCUUUGAAAUCAUCACAUUAUCAUUUACAUGUUGGGGAAAGUGUGACUUUGACUUGUGCCUUCGAUGACUUCAGUGUUAAUACAGUGAUGUUUUACUGGUAUAAGCAAGUUCUUGGACAGCAACCAAAGUUGCUGUCUACAUUGUAUCGGCAUAAUGAGACACCAGGUCACUUUGAUGAUGGAUUGAACAAAACUUCACGCUUCUCUCUGGAUACCAAAAAUGCUGAAAACAACUUGAAGAUAACACAUCUGCAAAUAUCAGACUCAGCUACAUACUUCUGUGUGGGGAGCGAUUUAUAUAGCUUUAAAUUCGGUGAAGGAAUUACCGUCAAUGUAAAAGGUUCAGGUUUGAACAUCCCAGCUUUGGUUCGUCAGUCAGUAUCUGAGAUCAUCCAGCCUGGAGGCUCUUUGACUCUGAACUGUACACUACACAGGGGCAGCUGUGAUGGAGAACACAGCGUUUACUGGUUUAAAAACUCAGAGGAGACUCCAGGACUCAUUUACACCCAGGGAGGCAGCAGUGAUCAGUGUGAGAGGAAGCCCAACACUCAAACACACACCUGUGACUACAACCUGCCAAUGAAGAACCUGAAUCUUUCUCAUGCUGGGACCUACUACUGUGCUGUUUCCUCAUGUGGACACAUACUGUUUGGAGACGGGACCAAACUGAAAUUGAAGAGUGCAAUGCGACUCCGCAUACAGAAGUGA